GUGAAGACGUGUGAGUGUAUGUAUUGAAAGGGAGAGGAGAGAAGAAAAAAAACAAAGAAAAUGUGUUGAGGUGAGAGUAGAGUAGCAAGUCUCUCUCUCCCUGGGGAGAGAAAGAGAAAAAAAGAGAGAGAGAUAGGAAGUUAAGGCUUUAGAGACAGAAAAACAGACACAUACAUAUAUUAGAUAGACAAAAAAAUAAAAAACUGCUCACUUUCCCAUUUCUCACACUUUCUUCUUUCUUCUUCUUCGUCAUCACAUUCGUACACACACACUCUCAAUUCUCAAAUGAUGAAUUCAAGCAAAAUCGAAGAAGAAGACGAUCUUUUCCUCCGAGUCCCACCGGAUCUAGUCAUACACCCUCCACACCAGAUCCUCCCUCCCACCACAACAACAACAACCUCACCACCACCACCAGACCCUCCCUCUUUCUCUCUUUCCGAAAUCGUUCUAUUCCCUUCCCCUUCCUCCUCCGACUCCCCACCGAGUCACUCCUCCGCCGACUCACCACCGAGUCACCAACUCACCACAACAUCAAAACCCUUAUUCGUAAGUCCCGACUCUCACAUCUCCUCCCAAUUCUACACAUUCAAUCCCGACUCCCACUCUCUCAUGAUCAACUGCCUCCUCCAAAACCGGCUCGCCACUCCCUCCGAGAUCCGCGCUGCCACUCCACGCGCCGUCCUCAAAUCAUGGCGAACCGUUUGGAAAGACCGUAACGAAGAAACCGCUUACCUAACCGCAUGGAAACGAAUCCAAGACAAAUUAACCGCGCGUGUGGACCAACACGGUAAUCACUUCCUCUGUUUCAAAAACAACACGAAUCAAUUCGUUUCGCAUAUUAAUCAAUGGCAAGACAUUGUUAUGAGUUAUCAUAGUGACGCUGAUCUUAAACAUCUCGGUGUUAAAGACACCGUUGAGAGAAUUAAACAGGUUUGGACUGUUGGUGCUAAGUUUUAUGGUAUUCCUGAGAGUUACAUUCGUGUUUGUAUCGGCGCUUGUCCUGUUUGCUCUGCGGUAGCCUCUGGAUCUAAUGUAUCAGAGGCUGCCGCCGCUGCUAGGAACAAGCGGCGGAGAUUUGAGUAUACCGAAUCCUUUGAUGUGCCUGCUAAGGAAGUUCCUAGUAGGUUGCAGCAACUUGCUGCUAAGCAUAAGGUUGUGCUUUGUAUUAGGCAAAAGUAUAUUAGGUAUAAGCCUUUUAUGGCUGAGGUUAAGGAUUAUGCUUGUCAUAGAGCGGGUCAACCUGCUGCUUCUAAGAAAUCUAAGAUUUUGAAGAGGGAGCCCUAUGCUUCUAAGAGGUGUGGAUGUGGGUUUCGGAUUAGAGCUAUUGUUCCGAUUGCGAAUUAUAAUGAGAAGGAUAAGAGUUUUGUUUAUCAGGAAGAGGGGAUGGCGGUUUUUAAAUUGUAUGCUGUGCAUUCGGGGCAUGAGCCAGGGCCGUUGGAUGGAAAUGCUAGGAUUAUGCAUAGGGUUGUUGGACAUAAAGGGGGGUAUUUGAUGGAUCAGGACGCGGUUGUUUAUGGGGUGAGUGAGGAAAUGGAGAAUGAUGGGUUUGGUUUGAUGGGGAAAGAUGAAGGAGAUUUGCAGUUUUCGGUUUUGCAACAGGUGCAGGAGUUGAGAGCUGAGGUUGCGAUGUUGGAAGGGAGGGUUUCGAAGAUUCCGCAGGAGUUGUUGGGUUCGGUUUCGAGAGAUUUGUUUGACGUUGUGAAUAAAAUUAGGAAUAUAGGGGAAGUGGGUUUGAAGCCGAUGGGGUUACUUCCGGAUAAGUCGCAUGCAGACGAUGUCUUGGUUGGGGAUAAUGAUCUUGCAAACUGGAGUAGUCAUCACCAUGAAAGGAUUUACGGGGAUGGCAAGGACACAGAGCUGAUUGAGGAUGAUGAAGAUAGUUUCGGCCGCACUUUGGGAGAAGUGGUUUCUUGGGGUGACCAUAUCAGGACAGAGUGCAGAAGUCAGAAGGAUCUGAUGAGUGAAACUUGUAAGCCUGAAAAGUGGUUGAAAUGCAGCGACUUCGAUGAGAAGAGCAUCCUUGAUUGCGAGGAUACUAAAUUAACCAAGCCCAUCAGACAUGACGAUGCUAUUGUUUCAGAUGUAGGUCUUGGUUGUAUACAGGUUGAUAGUUUCUACCAAGACAAUGCUAAAUGGUAUGAUUCUCCUUGUGCUUUGGAUACUGGUGCAGAUUGCGAGGAUACUGGAUUCCGUCAUGGAGAGAUUUUAUAGUGCCAUGAACGUCAAAGUUAAUCCAUUCUAACUUAUUAGAGAUCAGAUUCUACCAUGCGAGCUUCUGUACCCCUUUCAACAAAUAGAAGUGGGAUUGUACAUUUAUGUAUACAGAAGAUUGGAGCAGUUCAACUUGCCCUUUAGGUGUAUUUUAUUGUGUAUGGUUCUGUAAAGUAUGACCAAUUAUGCUUUUUUGCACAUAACUUUGUUAUGAGUAUGGCUGUAUUUGUUGACUUUGCUCUCUUUCAGCCUUCAGAUUCUUUAUCUUAGUCCUUCUUAUAAAGCACAUUGGUGUUUUAGUGGUCUGUUGUUGAACUUCAGAUGAUUUUGUAUGUAUUAUGAGGAGCCACCGGUGAUUUAUAUCCAUAUGGUGUUUUGAACUUUUUU